GAUGUUUGCCCGAACAUGUUCGACGUGGCAGACGAUCUAGACAGCCAACGGGAGCUGAUGCACAAGGAAAUACUGACCUUUCUGGAGCAAGAGGAAGACAUUCGUCGUGCAGAACGGGUAGGGAGCCCGGAAGCAGUAGCUGCGGCAGCAGUCGCCAAGAAUAGCGGCAGCACUGCGUCAAGUCCAAGAAAGGCCUUUCGAUUUCCGCAGGCAGAAGACCUCUCCCUUCCCGAUUCUUUCCCUGAAGAUCCCGUGAAAUACCUUUCUCCGUUUGAAUCUCGUCAGACCGAGCACCUUACGCGUGAGCAUGGGGGAUUUUCUAGUCUCUUAGGAGCCCCUUCUAUCCAAUUGCAGGCCUCACGGCUCCAGCAUAGUCAGGAUGGACACCCCAGUGUCUUGGAUGCCAUUAAAGCUCUGAGGGGCCUUUCGAGAGCCACCCCUCUUAGAGGAGAGCAGCUGGGAGGUGAUCCUCGUUUCUGUGCACUCAUCUCCGCCCUAGACAUGGGCCUUAGGAAGGAAGUGAUGAGUCUGGCUUUGGGCAAUAGACAUAGAGAACAGAAAGAAGAUCACCUAGCUGCCAAACACAGAGAGUUAGCUCCUGGUGAAAGCGACGCCAGCAAAAGGGGUGUACGCAUUGACGAUCUGUGCGCAGCAGCGCAUUCUGUUGCUUCUCUUAGGGUCACUUCGGGAGUAGACGGCGUUUUGCGGUCCCUUGCACUCUUAGGCAUGGGAAAUGCCUCCCACUUUGACCUCCAUGAGGGCACUGCCUUCCUACUGUCUCUUGCCGCGGCAGCCAGCCCGUCGUACCAGCCCAUACACAAAGGCCUCCUUAGAGCUUUUCGAAAGGCAUGGUCUGAGAAAUUCCUUGCUGCUGUCACUGCUUCCAGCGAAGCAACAAGGUGCAGCAACAGGAACACAACCCCUAGGGGGAGCGACGACAGCGGCGUAGCUCUUGGCACAAGUAACAGGAGGGUGAGCGGCAGCAGCAGUGAACUUUUUGCUGCAGGCGGCGUGUCUCGCCAGCUGCUGUUGUUGCUCCCGUUGUUUGCAGCUCAUAAUGCUCUAGGGCAAGAGCUACCGCGUUGCCUAGAGGCCUUAGUGAGAAGCCCCCUGUGGGCUCCCGCAGGGGCAGCCAUUCGCCCUGGAGAGAUUGCAGCAAUAGCGGCUGCUGCUGCCAUGUCAGAGGCGCUCUGCCGUGACAAACAAUUUUGGAGCCAGCUUAUGGCAGCGGGGAGACAGCUCGGAUCAGCCUUGGGGGUAGCAGAAAUCCUCUCUUUCUGCACCACUCUCUCACAGGUAGGGCAGGACUGCGGCGAAAUACUGUUGGCGAGGCGGGAGAUGCUGCAACAACAACUCUGUCACCUAUCUUCUUCAGAUCUCUACACAGCAACUCGCCUUGUUGGAGAGGGAGUACGUAGACACCCUAAAUUGCAGCCGCUCCUCUCCCUGCUACAGCAGCAACUGAGACAAAGAGCUUCUAAUUCUUGA